CCUAGACCAUAGAGCUACCAUCGAUAGAACCACCCCCCAGCAUGCAUGAAUCCCUCAUUCUAUCCACGUUCGACCGUCUCGUCGAAUGCGGCCUCGUCCUCUACGAUGACAAACAAAGAAUCAUCGAGCACACUGACGGCAACCUCAAAUUCCAAUUCGUCCUCACCUCCGCGCUGAUCAAAAAGCCCACCCUCGCGACCGCUCCGGCCCAGGAGCAGAGCGACGCACGAGGGCCCGAAAAGCGCGCCGGCAGCGACAUCGACACGGCCGGGUUCGAGAUCGGCACGAUCGGAGACACGCACUUUGUCAUUGCGAACAAGUUCUGCUUCGCGCGGCCCCACCUCAUGAUUCUGAGCCUGGACGGGUUCCGCCGCCAGUACGAGCCGCUCGACGAGCCCGACCUCGCCGGUGCGUGGCAGCUCCUGAAUGCCGCGGACACGGACUCGGUGGCCUUUUACAACUGCGGCCGAGACGGCGGGUGCAGCCGUCUGCAUAAGCAUCUGCAGGUGAUGCCCCUGCCGGCGAAUAGCUUCGCGGCCUUUCUGGAUGCGGAUUCCCCCGAGGAGGAGAACGAGACCAAGGUGCCGUUUGAAUGGUUCUAUCGGCGGUUCGAACAAGACGGGGUGACCCCCGCUGCGUUGGUCGGGGUCUAUAAUGAGCUGCUGCUGCAGGCGACCAAGGUGGGUGCUGGCCGUUGGGAAUACACGGCCAGUGCUCCGUCUGGGGCGGCCUGUCCGCAUAAUAUGAUCCUGACCAAGAGGUGGAUGAUCGUGCUGCCGAGGAGACGAGGCGCAAUCAAUAAGGAGGCCGGGGUGAAUUCGCUGGGCAUGCUGGGGGUGAUCGCCGUGGCCACAACCAAGGAGAUUGAUAAUUGGGUCCGGUUGGGCCUGACGGAGUCUCUGGGAGAAUUGGGUGUUCCCAAGGGGAAGUAAUUGUGCGCUAUCUAUAGAUAACAGGUCGUUGGCUCGAAGUAAUCCUCUCACUCAAGGAUAUCUUGGACAGUUUCAGUUUCGUCUAUUAUCGCAUCCCAGUUCCUG